AUGAUGAUGAGGUUCCGCGGUGGUGGGGUUGGCCACAAGUCUACUCGCGAGUCGACUGCAGUUUUCUUGGAGGACCGCGACCCUCUAGAUGAAAUCACUCGAGAUGACAGCAAGGAAGACUUUGAAGACUUGGAAAGUGGCAUCAAUCAGGGGGCACAGCUCAGUGCCAGGUCUGCUAGUACUACUGCACAAAAUCAAGCUACUGGCGAUGAAGACAAAGACAAUAUCGAGUCCGAGAUGGAUGAGUAUGGGUAUGGGGGCCUUGACGAGGAAGAAGAGGCGACCGACGAAGAAGAUGAAGAACAAGGGGAUGGUCUUGAGGAGGCUAAUGACAAGGUCGGACCGGAGGAUGGUGAAGACGAUGCUAUGGAUGAGUAUGAAGGGUAUGCAGAGCUCUAG